AUGACCAGACGUUGUCCGUCUGCAAAAGGGACAAAGGGAUGCAAGAUGUCAGGUACACGUUUUUGUCCUGGAUAUUCCAAGGGCAGACAAUGCAUCGGUAGUACAGAGAGUAGCGUCCCUUUUGUGACCAUUGCACAAACAUGUGUAUUUACAGAAGAAUUUGAGAAACAUACUCCAAAUAACCUCAACGAAUCAUGCAUAUCAUUUAUUACCAACCAGCUCACUAUAAGUGU